UCAAAGAGCCCGGCCACCAUGAGACGAUUCCUGACUGUCGACGAGGUUCCGGACGCACACAAGGAGCCGUUUGUCCUGACCGGAUACAGGCCCCCACACCGGCCAUGGCGCUAUUACCUGAUGAGUAUGUUCUCCAUGCACAACGAAACGAUGAGCGUCUGGACACACCUCAUCCCGAGUAUUUACGUGCUUUACGUGCUGAAGACGUAUUUCGGUGAGAAUCUUGCGUAUGGACUUCGUAACGAUUUGGACUACACCGGUGAUGUUUCUGCAAGACUGUUCCUUUACUACGGCACCAGCAACUUCACCCUCCAGUUCCUGAGCGCGUGCGCUCAUCUGUUGUGCUCGCGCUCUGUAGCUGCGCACCACGUCGCCUUCACCAUUGACUACAUGGGGAUUGCCUUUUACAUGUACAGCGUCACGCUUGCUCAGGGUUACAUCAGCAGUGAGCCUUCCUUUACCUACGCCGUGCACCCUUGGUUUCCUUGGGUGGCUCUCCUAAUUAAUUGUUUGUAUUUUGCGGCCAAUGCUCACUCGCAUGUAAGGUACAGGAGGGGGGACCCGGAAAGGGCUAUGCUUCAGCUAUGCUCGUUUAUCAUGAUGUAUCUGUUUGGUACGUUACCCAUAAUACAUCGCAUUCUAUCGGACGCGUACAACGGAAGCGUGGAUGACGUCACAUGGAUGUACGUACGUCACAUCCUGCUUCUCGCGACAGGAGGUUUCUUCCACGCGUCAGAGGUACCGCAGAGGUUUCUCCCCGGUAUGUGUGACGUCAUCGGCCACGGACAUCAGAUCUUCCAUGUUUUGGGUUCCGUCUCGGUGCUGACCGAGAUGAAGGCCGUAUUCGCCGACUUGCAGAACCGCCGCCAUCUUGAUCCAAUUCUUCCUACCGACCUAUCAGUUACGACCUAUUUCAUUGUUCUUUUUGCAUCGUAUGUCUACAUUGCUUACGUGUUCGUUCGUAAGGCUUUGUCACAAGGCAGUUGA